GAUAAUCUCUAAACCAUUGGUAUUGGAGCAAGAAGAUGUUAUCUCCAAUAAUUUUUCACCUAAAACACUUCUUGAGCUUCGUUGUUGCUUACUGAAACUUUUCUCUCUUUAUUAUCAAAUUUAUGGGUACUUGUUUUUCUUUCACUUAUAAUAUUGAUGAUCAAACGGUAAUACGUAUCUUUAGUUACUUAUGUGGGAACGACAGAAACUCUCAUGGAGUGGAGGAGAUGCCUAGCUACCCUACGGUUGGUCAGGAAGAAAUGCUCAAGAAGGCGUGGAAUCGCCUAAUGGAAGAUGGAGUCGGAAUCAUGGGUCUGCACGGUAUGGGCGGUGUCGGUAAAACUACCCUUUUCAAGAAAAUCCACAAUAAGCUCUCUGAAUUUAGUGGUCGGUUCGACGUUGUGAUAUGGAUCGUGGUGUCGCAAGGCGCACAGAAAUCGAAGAUUCAAGACGAUAUUGCAGAAAUAUUAAAUCUUUGUGACGACGAGUGGAAGAACAAAAACGAACGUAAUAAGGCCACUAAGAUACACAGAAAGUUGCAGGGGAAGAGGUUUGUAUUGAUGCUAGAUGAUAUAUGGGAGAAAGUGGAUUUAGAAGCCAUUGGAAUUCCAUCUCAAACAAGAGAAAAUGGAUGCAAAGUAGCAUUCACCACUCGUUCUCGGGGAGUAUGUGGGCAGAUGGGAGAUGAUGAUCCCAUGGAAGUCCACUGUUUGAAAGAAGAUGAAGCAUGGGAAUUAUUUAAAAAGAAAGUGGGAGAGAACUCAUUAAGAAAAGAUCCCGGAACUGUCGAGCUUGCAAAAAGAGUUGCUGAAAAAUGUCAUGGUUUGCCACUGGCGCUCAGUGUCAUUGGUGAGGCGAUGUCAUCUAAGACUAUGGUACAAGAAUGGGAGCAUGCAAUCGAUGUUUUGACUACAUCUGCUGCAGAGUUUUCGGGCAUGGAAAAUAAUAUUCUUCCAAUUCUCAAGUUCAGUUACGAUAGCUUGAUGGAUGACAAUAUCAAGUCCUGUUUCUUGUAUUGUGCUCUGUUUCCAGAAGAUUUUAAGAUAGAAAAAAGAAGUUUGAUAAACUAUUGGAUAUGCGAAGGAUUCAUCGGAGAAGAAGAGGAUAUUAAAAGAGCGAGGAAUAAGGGUUAUACGAUGCUCGGCACCCUUAUCCGUGCAAACUUACUAACUGAAGUCAGGAGUCGGUCUGAUGAAAGUUGUGUUAUGAUGCAUGAUGUGGUUCGUGAAAUGGCUCUGUGGAUUGCAUCCGAUUUUGGGAAACAGAAGGAGGCUUUUGUUGUGCGAGCAAGAGUCGGAUUAGUUGAAUUACCAGAAGUCAAGGAUUGGGGAGCUGUGAGAAGAAUGUCACUAAUGAAUAAUAAAAUUGAAGAGAUAACAUGCAGACGUUCCAAUUGUUGUGAACUUACAACUCUGUUCCUCCAAGAGAAUAAAUUGAAGAAUCUCUCAGGUGAAUUCCUUCAGUCAAUGCAAAAGCUAGUUGUCUUGGAUUUAUCAAAAAAUUACAGAUUGGGUGAACUUCCAGAGCAGAUAUCAGAGCUGGUCUCCUUGCAGUUUCUUGAUUUGUCGGAAACAUGUAUAGAGCAACUGCCGGUUGGUCUCCAAGAAUUGAAAAGGCUAACUCACCUGAUUUUAUAUGAUACAAAGAAACUUUUUAGUAUCAGAGGGAUAUCAAGGUUGCUGAGUUUAAGAUUGUUGAAUCUGGGAAAGUCUAAUGUUCAUGGAGAUGUUAGUUUAUUAAAGGAGCUGCAGCUCUUGAAGAAUCUACAAGAUCUAAGGAUAACUCUAUCGGCGGAGUUAAGUUUGGAUCUAAUAUUUGGAAAUCAAAGGUUGGCAAACUGCAUAACUAGUAUGGAUAUUAUCGAUUUUCAAGAAAAGCCACUCCAGAGUAUUGAAAAGCCAGUCGAGAUAAGUAGCCAUGUCUCGGAGAUUAACAAUCCGACAAUUCCAUGCUUUACCAACCUCUCAUAUCUGCAUAUAAGCAAGUGCCAUAGCAUGAAGGAUCUGACUUGGCUGUUGUUUGCUCCAAAUCUAGUCGGCCUACAGAUUACAGAUUCAAGAGAAGUGGGAGAAAUAAUAAACAAAGAGAAAGCAACCAAUUUCAAAGGUAUUAUCCCAUUUCUGAAACUAGAAUUCUUAUAUUUGAUAAAUUUGCCGAAGCUGGAGAGUAUCUGCUGGAGUCCUCUCCCCUUUCCGGUUUUGAGGAGCAUAAGUGUAAGGGAUUGUCCAAAGCUGAGAAAGCUUCCCUUAAAUGCUACAAGUGUCCCACGACUUGAUGACUUUGAAAUACAUAUGCUUCCUCAAAAACAGAUAAAUGAGCUUGAAUGGGAGGACGAAGAUACCAAAAAUCGAUUCUUGCCUUCAAUCAACCAGGAUAUUGCAGGGUCUGUGGCCAUAGCCUCAUAGUCUGUCUAAAACCAGAAUCCACGCUUCUUCUUCUUCUACUUUCUUAGUGGAGUGCAUCGUUUGUUUUACUCUUUCAUCUUGCAGCGUCUUUGUGUUUAUUUUUGUUAAGAGACAAUGUCUAAAUCCAAGUGGCUUUCUCAAUCAGAGUAUUUAGUUAUAUUCAGAAAGAGAUGCAUGUCACAAUAUUAGCUCUUGGUAGUAUGAAGGUAUGCCAUACUAAAAUCAGAAACACUGCUUUCUUUCUUCUU